CAAGAUUCCUAUUUCCUACAGACAAUCAACAGUAAUACUCUGAAAUUCACAAAUUAAGAACAGAAGCCAAAGAGGUGAAGAGCGUUCUUUCUAUUUCCCCCAAAUCGAAGAUCAAAUUAGAAUAUUUUAGGUCUACAAGUUCUAAAUUUUCUAGAAAAAUUGAAUUUACCCACUCGCUACUUUCUAGCUCAGGGGCCAAAUAGGUUGUUACAAUGAGCCGGCCGUCUACUCGUAACAAGAAUAAGCGCAAUAGGCCGGAGGAUGAACUUGAUGCAAAAUCUGAAAUUUUGAGGAGGAUUCACUCAACGGGAAAUGUAACAGAUGAUGAUUUAGCACAGCUUUACAAUAUUAGAAAGACUAAUUGUCAUGGGUGCCGUGUUAAUACAAAGGACAAUCCUAACUGUUUCUGUGGGCUGAUUCCACCCCCAACUGGAAGUCGUAAAGCUGGUUUGUGGCAAAAGGUUUCAGAUGUAAUUAGUUCAUAUGGUCCUGAUCCAACGAAGGAUCUCAGGUCUUCAGUCGAAUCUCCUGCGGGUUUGACAAAUUUGGGUGCUACAUGCUACGCCAACAGCAUACUUCAAUUCCUUUACAUGAACAAGGAUUUUCGUGAGGGCAUUUUUUCUGUUGAGCCGCAUGUCCUUUUGCAGCAGCCAGUGUUGGAUCAAUUGGCACGUCUUUUUGCACAGUUGCAUGGUAGUAAGAUGGCUUUUAUUGACUCAGCACCUUUUAUAAAAGCUCUUGAGUUGGACAAUGGUGUUCAACAGGACAGCCAUGAGUUCCUCACUUUGCUUUUGUCCUUGGUUGAACGAUGCCUUAGCCAUUCUGUGGUCCCUGAAGCAAAAACUAUUGUUCAAGACCUUUUUAGGGGAAGCAUGUCACAUGUUACCAGAUGUUCAAAAUGCGGGCAAACAUCUGAAGCUUCUUCAAAUCUGGAGGACUUCUAUGAACUGGAAUUGAAUGUGAAGGGCUUAAAGAGUUUAGAUGAAAGUUUGAAUGAUUAUCUUAGCGAGGAAAAACUUGAAGGGGAUAAUCAGUAUCACUGUGACUCAUGUGGGACAAGAGUUGAUGCUACUCGCAGUAUUAAAUUGCGCACACUGCCACCUGUACUGAACUUUCAGCUUAAGAGAUGUGUUUUUCUCCAAAAGACAACAACAAAAAAGAAAAUCACAUCUGCAUUUUCUUUCCCGGAGGAGCUGGACAUGGGAAAAAGACUGUCGGAGCCCUCAGAAUCAGCUUUUAUUUAUGGCUUAUCUGCAGUGUUGGUUCACAAGGGAACUGCUGUCAACAGUGGUCAUUAUGUGGCUCACAUCAAGGAUGAAAGCAGUGGACAGUGGUGGGAGUUUGAUGAUGAACAUGUUUCAAAUUUGGGUCAUCAUCCUUUUGGUGAAGGGUCAUCGUGUUCUGCCUCUAAGACAAAUGGUACAUCUACCCAAGAUGUUAAGACUUCUGUUUCAGAUGAAAAUCACAUUGAUGUUGACCAGCAUGGGUCGUUUAAGGCUAAUAGUCGUGUGGAGAGGUAUUCUUCAAGUGAUGCAUAUAUGCUGAUGUAUACUCUUAGACCUAGAAAGAGUUGUCAGAAUGGGUCAACAGGGCAUAAUGCUAUUACUGAGAAAAUUGCUGGGGCUUCAGUUCCAGUUGACAGUAGUCUUUCACUUCCACCUCAUCUUGCUGAUGAUAUAAAAGCACAAAAUGAUAUUUACCUUGAAUUGUGUGAAAAUUACAAUACGAGAAAGGAACAGGAAAUAAACACCAUCACAGAGCGAAGACAAGAAGUCCGUUCUAUUCUUUCUGAGGCACCUGUUCUUUCCCUUGAAGAACCAUAUUUCUGGAUAUCUAUGGAUUGGCUACGACAAUGGGCUGACAAUGUGACUAUCUCUGCCAUAGACAACACCAAUAUUCAGUGCAUGCAUGGGAAAGUACCAGUGUCAAACAUCGUUGCCAUGAAGCGGUUGUCAGCUAAAGCUUGGACCUUGUUAUACUCCAAGUACAAUGGAGGUCCUUGUCUGGGCAGGGAUGACUUUUGCAAGAUUUGCUUAACUGAUUCUGCACGUGCCAUUGUUACUGCUGAUAGCUAUCGAGAUCGAAGGGCGUACAUGAAAGAAUUUGCGGAAGCUGCACUUGCAGGGAGUUGUCCGGAUGGUAAACAGUAUUAUAUCUCCAAACCAUGGUUACAGCAGUGGUUGCGGAGAAAAGCUAGCGAUAACCCCUCUGAAGCAGAUGCAGGACCUACAGCUUCAAUAAGGUGCCCCCAUGGGCAACUCAUGCCUGAGCAAGCUACUGGUGCUAAGCGAGUGUUAAUCCCUGAGAGUCUCUGGAUUUUUCUGUAUGAAAAUUCUAAUCUGGUAAAACCAGAUGAUCAGUUGGGAUGUUCAACAUUUUCAUCAGAUGCAGAGACAUGUACCGAGUGUUGUUUGGAGCUCACCGAGGUUGCUUCUUGGGAGGAUACUCUAAGAGAAAUCAAGUUGAAGCAGCGCCAGAACCAUGAGAAAUUGGCUCUUGGAAAGGCUGUUCAACUUUCUUCAAAUUGCAAGUACUACUUGUUACCAUCUUUUUGGCUGUCAACAUGGAGAAGCUAUAUUAAUACAAGUGGCAAAAAUAGUUCUUCAACGGCAAAGCCUGAGAGGCUGGAUAGUGUUAUCCGUUCACUUAUAUGUACCACACAUUCUCGAUUGCUGGAGAGGCCUUUGGGCUUGACAUGCAAACGUGGGGUGAUAUUGCAGAAGUUCUCUGCGACAGAAGGCCUGUUAAUGGUGAGUGAAAGUGACUGGAGACAUUUUUGUGAAGAAUGGGAUGGAAAAGAAGAGAGAGGCAUACUGGCUGAGAUUGAAUUUAAGAACUCGGCUGAGGGACAUUGCCAGGAGAUGCCAUUUACUGAGGAGCAUAUGAACGAAGAUCAAAGUGAUGAGUUUGAGUCUAGGGAGCCUGUGAUAAAGACUUCUCCUGAGGUAUGUGAAGAAUGCAUUGGAGAAAAGGAAAGCUGUGAGUUAAUGCGGAGGCUUAAUUAUAGUAAUGAGGACAUUUGUGUUUGCUUUGUACGCGGUAAGGAACCUCCCAAAUCUAUUUUAGAAGCUUCUGGGAACAAUUGUGAGGCAGAUCGUCGGACCUCCAAGCGUUCUAGAAAGACAUCAUUUGGAAAUUCCAAGAAUUUAACAGUUUCAGGUUCUACAACAAUUUAUCAGUUAAAGAUGAUGAUCUGGGAAUCUUUCGGGGUGGUUAAAGAAAACCAAAUACUUCAUAAAGGAUCCAAGGUGAUUGAAGGUGAAGCUGAUACUCUUGCUGAUCUCAACAUAUUCCCUGCAGAUGUGCUAUGGGUGACUGAUUCAGAAAUCCAUGAGUAUCGUGAUAUAGCUGAUGAACUUUCAGAGCAGAAGUUUGAUGUGCGAGAAGCUGAAGAAGGGUUUCGUGGAACACUGUUGACUUCUAAUUCUGCUUCACAAGUGGUCUAAAGGACUGGAUUCUAAAUCUUUAUAUUGUUUAUUUAUAGUACUGGGAGCAUGUCUUGCUUUGACUUUUUCAAGGGUGGCUGUCAUUUUGGUAUCUCUUGGCUUUGUUUUCGUUGUAUAUUGGAGGAUUUUUCCCCACUUCCGACAGGGGAUUGAGAUGUGCCUGCUGUAUCGUGAUGUUUGAGAAGAGAGGGCGAGGGGAUCAAUUUUGAUGUCAAAGAAUCCCCUUUGAUCUAGGUUUGCAAUUGCCGGUGUGGAUUUCAUUGUAUUAUAUUGGUUUCUCCAUUUAUAGUUGAAUGGAGCUGUAGAAUAGCUUUAUGAACACAAAUACUUGGAUUUUUGCUAUACCGGUUGAUCAAUGAAAAGGCCUUUUGUUGUCUUCUCAAAACACAACCCCUUUUCCAGGUUCAUCUUAUAACUCGUCCCUUCUUUUUACUAUCAUGUAUAGGCAUGUAAAUAUCUCCUGGGUUGGCCCUUAUACCUGGAUUUCAUGCAUGCUUAAUUGUGCAACUUCAAAUUCCUUGGAAAAUCGCAAGAAAUACAAAGGUCGAAAGCGAAAAGGUACUAAUUUUACAACGGGACUUUAGAUUUGGGGUGUUAUAGAUAUAGUAAAGCCAAGAUAAACUUUAUGCAGGCUGAUAAUAGCAGCAGUAUGCCCUAUAUCUGAACUUUUUGUUAGCCAGGUCUUCCUCAAACUUGUCUUAAACGAUAUGAUUGAAUGCACUAUAUGAAUGCUUUGAAAUUUAGAGCUUUUGGUAUGAAUCUAUAAAAACCCUUUUAUUUAUUUAUAUAUUUAUUUUUAUUAAUAAUAUACUCUGUCGGAGUACUAUUUCUAAAUGUUCUUUGUAAAAUAAAAAAAAAAUUAAAAAAAUUAAAAAACCAUGAAGAGGAGGGAGUCAGGGAGUAAAGUCCAUUUUUAAAUUCAAAAUUAAGUCACUUUUAUAUUUGUCUAUAAAGAAUAUAGAAUGCUCUUUAGAGACAUGAUUUUUACAGCACAAAACUUAUUCUAUUGAUUUAUUCUAAAAUAUCAUGAGUUACUCUUCUUUGUAGAAAACUCCCCUUUAUUUGACAAGGUAAAAAAAAUUUAAAAAAAUAAAAUAAAAUAAAAUGAAAAGAAACAAAAUUCGAAUAAAACCAUUUGGGAGUUGGGACAUCAUCUUUAUUAGCACAUCAUAUCCUUGUUUCAUAACCUCUACUUUUCUCUCUACCAAUAAUAAGGAAAAUAAAUG